AGAGAACGGAGGUCCCGAGAGAUCACUCAACUUGUGAAAGGAGGAAGCAGAACUAAAGCUAAAGGGAGAGGAUACAAGGGGAAGCGCGGAAGUUGAUUCUGGGAGACGAUGGCAGACCCAUGACCAAUCCAGGAGUCAUAGAUCGGGCGUUUCCACUCGAGCGACCCACCUGGGACUACAAUGAGGCUGAAGGUAGGGAGCGUCUCCGGGUCUACCGCCAGGCUCUGAUGGCCGGUCUCCGAGCGGCUGCAUGAAAGCCGACAAAUCUGGCUAAGGUAGGAGAUGUUCGCCAGUGACAGGAAGACAGUCCGGCAGCCUUUUUAGAAAGAAUUAUGGAAGCUUUUAGGCAAGACACGCCCAUGGACCCCACUGCAGAGGAGAGCAGGGCAGCAGUCAUGAUGGCUUUUAUAAAUCAGGCAGCCCCCGAUCUAAGGAGAAAGGUUCAGAGAAUAGACAGGUUGAGAGAGAAGACGUUGCAGGACCUGCUGGAAGUGGCUGCGAGGGUCUAUAAUCAUAGGGAGACCCCGGAAGAGAGACUAGAGAGGAUUAGACAAGAGGAUAGAAAAUUUCAGGCAGGCCAGCCAUGGAAAUGGACUAUGCAAAUAGAUGACGCCUUCCAAGCGCUAAGAACCGCCAUGUUAGAGGCCCCAGCCCUAGCACUCCCUGAUCCCACAAAAGAGUUCCAUCUGUUCAUAGACAAGGGGAUAGCCAAGGGGGUGCUCACGCAAAAGCUGGGACCUUGGAGGCGACCAGUGGCCUACUUAUCCAAGAAGUUAGACCCAGUUGCAGCAGGGUGGCCGGCAUGUUUGCGGAUAAUUGCAGCCGCUGCUCUGCUGGUCAAAGACGCUGACAAACUCACUCUGGGUCAACGUCUACAGAUCACCACCCCCCAUGCUAUAGAGGGAGCUCUUAAGCAACCGCCUGGGUGGUGGAUCACAAAUGCUAGGCUAACUCCUUACCAAGGACUUUUACUAGACGCCCCUCACAUCGAGUUCCGGACUCCUGCCAUCCUAAACCCGGCCAUGCUUCUGCCAGACCCCGAGCCAGUAACACCUGAACAUAGCUGCCCUGAAAUCCUAGCCGAGACCCAGACGGACCAGAAGGACCUGCAAGACCGCCCUCUUGCGAACAGCAAACUGACCUGGUUCACAGAUGGGAGCAGCUUCGUCCUGGGCGGACACAGGUACGCGGAGGCAGCCAUAGUAGAUGCACAAGGCAAGUUGGUCUGGGCCACCCGCCUUCCACAGGGAACAUCUGCCCGGAAGGCUGAACUAAUUGCAUUAACAGAAGCCCUUCGCCGGGCCCAGUAAAAGAGGCUAACGGUGUACUCCGACAGCCAAUAUGCAUACGGGACUGUGCAUUUUCAGGAAGCUCUUUAUAAAGAAAGGGGCUUCCUCAUGGCAGAGGGCAAGGAAAUAAAGCACAAGCCUAAAAUACUUCAGUUGUUAGAAGCCACCCUACUACCAGAGGCGGUAGCGGGAGUGCAUACCCCAGGGCACCAAAAGGGAAACUCCCUGGAAGCUCGGGGCAACCGGGCUGCGGACGCUGAGGCAAGGCAGGCUGCGGAGGGACCUCCUCCAACAGGUGUCCUGCACUUGAGCCUGCCGCCUCCCGGGUUGAGGAAAAUACGCCCCCAACCGGACUAUUCAGACACAGACUUAAGCUGGGCUAGAGAAAACUACAGGCGGUGCAGGACGGAGAUGGCUGGUUCAGAGAUAAGGAGUGCCACCUGGUGGUUCCCGAGGCCUUGGGGAGCCACCUUGGAACACUUGCAUCGGACAACACAUGUCAGUGAAAGAACAAUGUUACAACUGUUGAACACUGCACAACUCAAGUUCAGAUCACAAGGAAAAGCAGCGGAGAACAUUGCUGAGAGCUGCCAUGCCUGCCAGGUUAUGAAGCCGGGGAAAACCAGAGGGACCCAUGCAGGUUGGCGAAGUAGCAACCUGGAUUCAUCACUCCCACGUGCGAUCUGCUAGCAGAGGCGAGCAGGAACAGCAGAGGGGCCAGUGGAAAGUCUCGUCGGAUCCAGGAAACCCGCUGAAAACCAGGCUGACUCGCGUGACAGCUGGACCAACACCAAGCCUAUGAUGGGAGCGCUCGAAGUAAAAAUGCUUGUGGUGACUUUCAUAUUCCAAACCCCUAAAGGAAAAAUAAUAGCUGCCCCCUACAACUGUUUGGGUGAGGAGGCCCCUAGGGUCUGCGCGUGGGACCGAAAAGGGCAAGGACUUAGUCUCAGGUGGUCACCGGGAACGGCACCUGCAUCGGGAAAGUGCCUCCAAGCCAUACCCAGCUCUGCGCUAAGGUUCAUCCCUCCGUAAGCCAGAGCAAUAAAGGGAAAUGGAUAAUCCCGGCACUCAGCGGGUGGUGGGUAAGCUCUGUAACGGGCCUAACUCCCUGCGUCAGCCUGACAGUUUUUAAUGAAGCAGUAGAAUCCUGCAUUAUGGUGUUAGUGUUUCCAAAAGUUAUCUACCACCAAGAAAAUGUUAUGUAUAAUGCAUGGAUGGGAAGUACCGGGUUAGGGAGAGAAAAAGGGAACCCUUUACAGCAGUAACCUCAGCAACCCUUUUUAGUCUAGGUGCAAUAGGAGCGGGCACGGGCAUUUCAUCCUUAGCAAUACAGCACAGCGGACUCAACACUCUGAGGGCAGCUGUAGAUGAAGACACAGCCAGGAUUGAGGACUUUAUUUCCCACCUAGAAAAGUCCCUAACCUCCUUAUCUGAGGCGGUGCUACAGAACAGGAGAGGACCGGACCUUCAACAGGGAGGGCUGUGUGUGGCCCUAGGAGAAGAAUGCUGCUUUUACACCGACCACACGGGAGUAGUUAGAGAGUCCAUGGCCUAAG